AUGGGUUUGACUGAUGUGGUGAAACUAGUCACUGAAGAUCAGUUUUCUGACAGCAAAUCAAAGCCUUCAGGAGUAAAACCAGUUAAACUUGAGAAAGGGAUAAUUGUCGAUGAUGAAGAGAUUUCUGAGGAAGCUGAGCAAUCAAUAUUUGUUCUAGAGAACCUUCGGCAUUACAGUGUCCAUCCAAAUUUGGCCAAGUUCUAUGAGCCUUCAAAGCCUACGGCCCUACACAAAUUCCUGGAACGAAACAAAAGAAUAAAGAGCUUCAUGUUAAAAGUAACAGAGUAUGAUCAGGAUAAGACCUUACUGAUCAUGACAAACAACCCACCUCCCACCUCAAUCAACUUGCAAGGAAAGGACGUUGCCCCAAAAUACUUUUCCAAGGAGUUCCUGAGCAAGGUAAAGACACCUGAAAGUCAGCAGCAGCACAAACCGACUGAAAACUUCUGCCUGCCCCUGAUGCCUCAGAAAAAAAAGCCCAGACCUCAGCUGAAACCAGUCUUUCCUGUGACUCUGUUGGAUGACCCUGCAUCCAGGCGAGAGCAAUGGUUUAGGUUUUCCACUGACAGUGAUUUCAAGAGUGAAGGGAAGUAUUCAAAGGUCUAUUCUUUGAGGAAACAGAGAAAAAUGUACCCUCAGCUCACCUUUUCUCCAACUGGUAAAAGAGAUAUGGGGAAAGAUGCUUCCAAGAAGUCAGCGAGUACAGUGCCGACUUACAAGGCGAUCUGGGAACCACUCACCCUGUCAUCGCUCCUGGAAGAGAAGCCCACCAGAACUGUGCCCGGAGAGAGCGCCUUCCGCAACGGAAGGGCCCAGCAGUGGAUCAUAAAUAAUGCCACUGUCAUUAAGUGAACACAAACCCUCCAGGCCUCCCGCCUCGGUCUCCAGAGACUGAGGGGCCUGCAGACGUCGCCAUGUAGGGC